UUUCCUUCCUCCACAGUAAACAACAUACGCCAUAGCAGCCUCCUUCUAUGCCCACCCUUAAAUCCUACCACCAUUAUCUUAUUUUUGAUAAUCCUAAUUGUUUAGUUGAUUUUUUGAUUUAAAAAUAAAUAAAUAUAUUAAUGCUUAAAAAUGUCAAACGCAAACAACACAUACCAUAUUCAACCUUUUCACUCAAACAACAAUAAACACCAUCCACAACAUCUACACCAUUGACAACAUCGAUGAAAACAACUCCAACAACAUUAAUGCCCAUUUCUUUCUCCUCCCCCUCCAACGCACCCCAUCGCAUCUCCGGACUCCACUAAGGACAUCUUCAGCACCACCUACAGAAGAACACCAUAAUCCCCAAAUUGAUUUUGUAUAUAACAUAAUUGCGACCGCACGUCGGGUUCGAUGGGAGAAGAAUUGGUUGGAAUUGGAGUUACGGGGUUGCGUGAAUGGGAUUAGGGUGUUGAUUGCUGUUGGAGAUGAAGAUGAGGAUGGUAGAUUGGCAGAGGUAGAGAGUAUCAGGAGUGGGUUAAUGGUUUAGGGAGGGGGGUAGGAUUUCAUGAGUGAGCUAGAGGGUGGUUUUCAGGUGGGGUUGGCAGCAUGGUAGUUGUUGGGAGGGGGUAGAAGAAAGAUCAGAGAAUGAAUAUGGAGGCGGAAGAAAGAGGAAGAAGGAUGAGGAAGGAGGUAGAAAAAUUGACCUUUUUAACCGGUUAUCGGUAACUUGGGUUCAAUAAAAGUUAAUGGGGUAUAAAGGUUGGAUUAUUAAAUAAUAAUUCAUAAGUUGGAUUAUUAACGGAAAAUCGUCAAAAGGUAGGAUUAUUUAAAGUAAUUUUUCCAUUAAGAUAAGUAGCUAAGGUCAAUAGCUAUAACUCUAUCAGGUAAAUAGCAUUAGUCGUUGUUUACAUUUUUUACAUGUACUAUUCACCUUAAUACAAUAAUACCUAAUACCAACUUCUACUUAAUAAGAUGGCACACAGUCACACAUCUACCUGCGUUUUUUUGUUGUCUUUUUCAGGUGCGAAUUAGGGAGGAGGCGUAGUACAAAUUACAAAUGGUUGAAGGACAUUCGAACCUGACACCUAACGUACAUAAACCACCAACAUUGAUCAUUAGGUCAAGAUAUUUUUGGCCUGCAUACUCUCAACUUUGCUAUUCUUGGCUUGGGUAAAGACGGUCGCCCUACUAACAACAACCCUCCCAAUCCGAAGGGUGUGUUUUCUACUCUGUCGACCUACGCGACCCAAGCCAACAAAAAGCGUGGCUCGAUUCGGGAGGAGGUUGUGAGUGAGUCUCCUGCUAAGAAGACAAAGAGGUUAAGCUCCAUACUAGCUCCCAAACCGCUUUCCAUCCGUGCACCUACUGGAGUUGUUUUCAAAACCAUUCAUACUGCUCCCGAUAAUCCUGCUCCAAAACCUGUCUUCAAAAACGUUCAUACUGCUCCUGAUAUGGCCGGUGGUUUUAAAAGUUUGGAUUGCGGUCGCGGUGCUGCCCUUACUGGCAGGCGUCCUCGUGAUCGUAACCAACCCUUCACUCGGGUGAAUCGGUCUCGAGUGGAUGGUACUGCGCAGCCUGCCCCUGACAAGUCUCAGCAGAAGUCUCCUGAGAAGGGUUUUGAAUCAGCUGCCGAUGUGAACAUCGCAGGCCAAGGGGGUGAUGUUGUUGCGGAUGUUGAGCCGAUAGCCCAACCAGACUUGAUGGUUGUGGAUCUUAUGACUCCAACCCGCCAGAACCAAGAGCAAGAGGUAAAUGAUACUGAUGUUGCUGGUAUGGGCCAGAAGACUCCUCCUCUCAUGCCUCCUACUCUUCAUACUUCUUCUGGGUAUGUUCGCCCUAGCCAGAGUGCUGGUACCAGCUCUGGUCUGAACAUGGGUGUCUUUGUCCGUCCUGGGGAGUGGAUUGAGAAGACUCCGAUUUGCCUAUCCCCCAAGAAGAUGAAGUACUUUGAGGUUCCUCCUGGUGAGCCUGAUGAACCCUGGAACCCUAAAAUCGAUCUUCUUCGUGGUGAGUCGAUACUCACCGACGACUGCAAAGGGGGUGGUUGUAUGGGUUGGAGGGCUUUGAAGGAUCUGGCUACUCCUCGCGACAAUCCUGCUGCUGAGAUUGACGCGCCGGCUGCCCAACAUAUGAAUGAUAUGCUCAAGGCUUGCAACUCUGCAGUGGAGCUUGUGAAGCUGUACCUUUGCUACCAGGAGCAGAAUGAGGCCCUGCAGAAGAGGCAAGCUGAUUUGGACCAACAAUUGGGUGAUACCAAACGUGAUCUGGAUCAGAAAUCCUCUGAGCUGGAGAGGUUGAAACAGCGAAACAAAGAGCUGGAGAGUGUUGCGAGCCAGUUGACUGCAGAGGAGAUUAAGAAUAAAGAGUUGUCUGAGAAGCUGCAGGAGGCAGAUGAAAAUGCCAAGACUGCCUACAGAACCGGUGCUCGAGAUGGUGCCUUGCGUUUCACCCGUAGUCAGACUUAUAGCAAACGCAUUACUGAUAGUCACAACGGUGGCUGGUUUGCGGCUCAUCGCUGUGGUGUGCAUGGCAUUGGUCUAACACAGGAGGAUUGCCAGGAUAUUGAGUAUGCAUUCUUGGUGGAGCAGAAGCACAAGGAACCUACUGGUUGGGAGACACAGAUCAUUCCUGAAGAGAUUAUUCAAAAUGCUGAUCCUUUGACUCUCCCUCCCAUUGAGCUGAAGGAAGAAGACUACCUGGAUCCUGCCCUGCUGUCUUCCAGUACCAACCAGACGGAUCAUCAACAAGUUUGAAGGUGCGGGCAGUCAUCACCGGUAUCAUCCUGUGGUUCAUCUGGCGUUGCUGCUUUUAAAGAUUAGUUUAUUUUUUUUAAACGCACUUUUGGUAUCAGCUGUUUGUGGCACUUUUUGCCCUGGGAUAUUUUAUGCUUGUUUUUUGUAAACUUUACCUUGUGCCAUUUUUAAUCAGCUAACAAAUGUCAGUUUUGGUGUUGGCUGUCGAAUUUGCUUUAUUCAGAUGGUGUUGCUCUUAUGUUUAUGAUAUUGUGUUGUUUGCUUUACUUUUCCAUUUUAUGCUUGCCCUCAUUUAUGCAAUUGUGCUGCUUGAAUCUGGUACUUUACCCCGAGUCAGCAAGCUGAUAGUAGCCUUGCUGGCCUACUUUAAGGGUUUGAUUCGUAUCACCCCGAGUCAGCAAGCUGAUAGUAGCCUUGCUGCCCUACUUUAAGGGUUUGAAUCAUGAUAUUUGACUAUACAUUACCCCGAGUCAGCAAGCUGAUAGUAGCCUUGCUGACCUACUUUAAGGGUUUGGUUCGUAUCACCCCGAGUCAGCAAGCUGAUAGUAGCCUUGCUGACCUACUUUAAGGGUUUGAAUCACGAUUUUUGAUUAUACAUUACCCCGAGUCAGCAAGCUGAUAGUAGCCUUGCUGACCUACUUUAAGGGUUUGAUUCGUAUCACCCCGAGUCAGCAAGCUGAUAGUAGCCUUGCUGACCUACUUUAAGGGUUUGAAUCACGAUUUUUGAUUAUACAUUACCCCGAGUCAGCAAGCUGAUA